ACUUCGGCUUGCAGUAGGUGGGAGAGAGUGUCCUCGUUCGCUCCGGGAGACUUUAAAGAAGGGGCUGUCAUGUCGCAGGACUGCAACGAUGAGUGGGAGCUGAGCAAGGAGAACGUGCAGCCGCUGCGGCAGGGCCGGGUCAUGUCCACCUUGCAGGAGGCACUGGCUCAGCAGCAAGAGACCUCCAUCCACACUACUCUUCAGCUUAAAAAACAGGAGUUUGAGUCAGAAAUCCGAUUUUACUCUGGAGAUGAUCCACUGGAUGUCUGGGACCGGUACAUCAAGUGGACAGAGCAAACCUUCCCUCAAGGUGGAAAGGAGGGUAAUCUCGCAGCAGUACUGGAAAGGGCAGUGAAAGCCCUCAAUGAGCAGCAGCAGUACUACAGAGAUCCCCGCUAUCUUAAUCUCUGGCUCAAGUUUGGGAAUUGUUGUAACGAGCCCUUGGAUCUGUACAGUUACCUGCAUAGCCAGGAAAUUGGCACAACACUGGCACAGCUCUACAUCACAUGGGCAGAAGUACUGGAGGCUAGAGGAAAUUUUAAGAAAGCAGAUCUGAUAUUCCAGGAAGGUCUUCAGCGCAAGGCCGAGCCUUUGGACAAGCUGCAGUCCCAUCACAGGCAGUUUCAGACCCGUGUUUCUCGGCAGACGCUCCUGGGGCUUGAGGAAACUCCUGAUGAAAAAGAUGUGGAUCUUGUGGGAGCUGAGCAGCCUCAGAGAAGCUCACUGGCAGAACUAAAAGGCAGGGGGAAGAAAAAAGUCAGAGCCCCAAUCAGUCGUGUAGGAGAUGCACUGAAAGCCACAAAGAAAAACGGAAGCUUCCCGGCUGUGACUUCUCAGCAGCUUUCAAAUAAUCCUGGUUUUGCUGUGUUUGAUGAAAAUGCAGCUUCUGGCCCUGAGCUUCCUGUACUUACACCACAGCCGUGGGCAGCACCUCCACUGCCAAGGGCCAAGGAGAAUGAACUAAGUGCCAGAUCCUGGAACUCGGGCAGGCGCCCUCACAGCAGUGCAAGCUCUGGUGUAGGAGUGCCCUGCCCACUGCCCACUUUCACCCCCUAUGUGGAAGAGUCAGCUCAGCAACAAGUCAUGACUCCCUGCAAGAUUGAACCCAGCGUGAACCGGGUUUUAUGCACUCGCAAACCUGAGAAAGAGGAAGACCCACUGCAGCGAGUGCAAAAUCACCAGCAGGAUACUCAGGAAAAGAAAGAGGUGGUGAUGUACUGUAAAGAGAAAGUUUAUGCUGGAGUUGAAGAAUUUUCUUUGGAAGAGAUCCGAGCUGAAAUCUACAGAAAGAAGGCAAAAAAGCAAACUGAAGAGUUGAUGCAGGCCAUAGCACAGAAGAAGGAAGAAAUACAAAGGCAAAUCGAAGAGCUGGAAAAGAAAUUAAAGAAGAAAGAAGAUGAUAAGCAGAAACAACCACAUGAACAGCCAACAGAGAGAACAGAAGCUUCACCACCUUUGGGACCUGAAGGGUUUCCUUUUUCCAGUGUAACGGAAGCUGGGGAGAAAUUGCCUCAGUUGCAAAGUGAAUUCCAGGUCUCUGAAGAUGCUCAGUUGCGCAGACCAUCUUGUUCUGAGGGUACGCAGAGCGGAAACGUGUUCUUAGACUCGGAGGAUGAGCAGGAAGAAAAGAGAGAUGAGGCCACCCUUGGGAAAAAAGAUGUAGGUCUCAUUCCACCACCAGGUUCUGCUACAUUUUUCUCCAUAUUUGAUGAAUCCUCUACUUUGACAAACCAAAAUAUAAGUUGUUCUGCAGAUAAUACACAGAAAAGUGCCCGACGUCCUCUCGCUGUUCUUAAGCCUUCUGAUCCUCUGACUGCAAAAGAAAACAUCCCACCAGAAGCCUGUGAUGAGCUGAAUACAAUUGAACAUUUGACAGAAGAUGCAAUUGUGACAGGCUCCUACAAGAACAAAACUCUUUGUGCCAACCCAGAGGACACGUGUGACUUUGUUAGAGCUGCCCAUCUGGCCUCAACACCCUUUCAUGGGGUGGUAGCUCAGAGAGUCCCAGCUCCUGCUUUUUCACAGAGUGUUCUGAAGGAAGACUGUCCAGAAUCUAAGAGUGCACCUCUGAAUCCAGAAAUGACGGGCUGUGAGGGAGCAUACAAUGAAGCUCUUUGUGUAAAUAAACUGAGCCCAAUCAUGGAAGCAAGCCGGGAAGAUACUCGCUCGUCAGGUUCUUCUGUCUCCUCAGGAUCUUCUCUUUCCUCUGUUACACAAAUAUCUACUAUUAAAUACCUGCACAUCCCUGAGAAACUGGAACUUGCUCAGAGCUUGCCUGCUGAAAUGGUUACUGACUCUGGAGGUGUUGAUGAAAACAUUACUGGUGAUGAUGUAACUCAGUUCUUGUGGAGCGCUGAACAGCGUAAAAAGCUUUUGGAUCCUGUGCCAGAAUCACUCGCUGCUUCUCCAGAUUUUCAUCUGGAGACUGGUGCUCUGCCUGUCAUGAAGGUUGAGAAAGACGUUGAGUUAGGAAAUGAGACUUACUGUAUCAAGGGGGAAUAUUGGACCAAUGAAGAAUACAAGAUGUUUUUUGCCCUUCCAACUAACUUUCUCCAGUUGGAUGCAAAAGGAUUUGCAAUAAAGGUGUAUUCUCAGCCUGUGCCUUGGGAUUUUUACAUCACACUGCAGCUACAGGAGCGCUUGAAGGCUGACUUUGACCAGAGCUUCAGUGAGAAUUGCAGCUGUUACUUGUAUCAGGAUGGCUGUGCUGUUUUACACAGGGAUAUCAAUCACUUGACGCUUGGGGAUGUCAUUCGUGGCUGUAAGUCCAUCACAGAGGAAGUUAUCCUGCUGGUUGUUUAUAAUCUCCUGGGUGUGGUAGAGAAGCUCCACAAAGCAGAGAUUGUCCAUGGAGAUCUGAAUCCGGAGGUGUUCUUUCUGGGAGACAGGAUCUGUGAUCCUUUCACUAACAAUGAGAUUUCAAGAGCUCUGAAGAUAGUGGAUUUCUCUCACAGUCUAGAUUUGAGAUUACAGCCUCGUGUCAGUUUGCCCAACAGUUUUCCCACGUCUACAACACCUCAUGGACAACAGCUGCUAGCAAAAAGUUCUCUCCCUUACCAGGUGGACUUGGUGGGCAUUGCAGAUAUAGUCCAUUUGCUGCUGUUUGGGGAUCAUAUCCAGGUCUAUCAAGAGGAUUCCAUGUGGAAAAUCAGCCAGAAUGUUUCAAAGACUGUUGACAGUGAUUUCUGGAGUAAACUUUUUGGGAGAAUUCUGAAUGCAGAUGGUAAGUCCACAGUGCCUCUGCUGAGGGAGCUGAGAGAGGAAAUAAGCGACAUGUUUGACAGCUGUUUCCAAGAACGGCUUUGUGAAUCCUUGACUGCACUGGGAGAAACUUCCCUCUUGAAGAACUUCCUGUGAGGACUUUGUAGAAAACAAGUUUGGUUUGUAUUAUAGAGAGAAAAAAUAUUGCUGUUAACUUCUUAUUUAUUUUCUUUCCCGAGCCUGAGCAGUGUUGUAGCUGUGUGUGCAAUACUGCACGUGGGACUUGCUAAAGAAUGUUGAUACUGCACCAGUGCAGAGGUCACCUCCUAAGCCUGCUACGUGAACUAGUCUGUCUGAGCAGUUUGCCAGAGAAAAUUGGUUGUCAUAACUGUCUGCUCCUUUCUUUGUUCAGUUCCUUAAUGUAAUGAAUACAUAGUUCACUCUGCAGUCUCUGAAACGUCUU